AAAUACAGUCCUCCUGUGAUGAGCAGAAAGCAUUUGUAAUGGAGGGAAUAAACUAUGGUCUUUUCAUUCUCUCUAUGUGUUUCACAGCAAGUGUUUUCCCACAUCUGGGCAGUAGCUUUAACCUGGAUCUGACUAAUUACACAGAAUUUUCUGGGCCAGAAGGGAGUUACUUUGGUUUUUCUGUGGACUUUUUUCAGGCAAGGAGCCAACAAGUAAGUGUUGUCGUGGGUGCACCAAGAGAUGAUGUUGGGCCUUCCCGUGGUGGUUCUGUCUUCCUCUGUCCCUGGAACUCAACCGAACGUGCCUGUCAAAAACUGAACUUCGACCAAUCAGGUGAUGUAAAUAUGACAUUACUGGGAAGGUUUCUCGUGUCCCAUAAAUCUAACCAGUGGUUGGGAGCCACGGUGCGGACCUACAACAAUUUUGUCCUGGCUUGUGCUCCAUUAUUCCACUGGAAUGUGAUUGACAACAAUGAUGAGGCCAUGAACACACCAGUGGGGAACUGUCAGCUACUAAACGUGCGAACUGGAGAGAUAGCAAACUAUGCCCCCUGUAGGAGAUAUGACUUGGAGGCUACUUACCAAGCAAGAAGCGGCUAUCAAGACAGGCGCUACUGUGAAGCAGGAUUUAGCUCGGACAUCAGUGAGGAUGGUACAGUGGUUCUUGGUGCUCCUGGAGGCUUUUUCUUCCAAGGUCAGAUUAUUACUGCACCUCUCCAAAACAUCAUGCUCAGUGGCAGGACAUUUACUCCAGUCCACAAUGUCCUCAAUGAGAAAACAACGUGUGAGAUGUUUGCAGAGUAUGACGUUUAUAUGGGCUACUCUGUGGCAGUGGGUCAUAUGAAUGAUGAUAGCAUCACUGAUUAUGUAGUCGGUGUCCCACUUGACCGAAACUCAGCUGGUUCUGUCAAAAUCUUCAAUGGAGCUUCGUCAGUCUGUGUCACAGCCAUAUGGUUACUAAAGGGCUCUCAAGUAGCUUCCUACUUUGGCCACAGUGUUGCUGUGACUGACGUUAACGGGGAUGGGAGGGAUGAUAUCCUGGUGGGUGCUCCUCUCUUCAUGGAGCGGUUGUCCACAUGUAAGCUUUGCGAGGUGGGCCAGGUGUACGUUUACCUCCAGAAGGAAGGUUAUCGCUUCUCCCCAAAGCCUGAGCAAACCUUAUCAGGCACUCAUUCUUAUGGACAUUUUGGCAUCACUAUCGCUCCUUUGGGGGACAUCAACCAUGAUGGCUUCGAUGAUGUGGCUGUGGGGGCACCAGGUUCUGGUGAAGGAGGUUUGGUGUUCAUCUAUAUAGGACAGAGUGAUGGUUUGAACCCACAGUAUGUACAAGUCAUCAAGAGCCCUUUCCAGUCUCCUGCACCAGCAUUCGGUUUUAGCAUAAGAGGAGGCACAGACAUCGACAACAACGGCUAUCCAGAUGUUAUUGUUGGUGCAUGGGGAGCAGAUAAAGUGGCUGUAUACAGGUCAAAAGCUGUAGUGAUAACCAAAGCCCAGCUCUCCUUCUUACCCGAUUUCCUCCAGCCUGAUGAAAAACUCUGUGAUCUUCAAGGCAAACCUGUCUCAUGCUUUAACAUCAUGCUGUGCAUUAGUGUAUCUGGGUACAGAAUACCAGAGCAGAUUGUGUUGAACGCAGAGCUCCAGCUAGAUAAACUGAAGCCAAAUGUGGCAAGACGGACCCGCCUGCAGGAUUCUCAUCAGCCAUACAGCCUCUUUCAACUCACCAUUCAGAGAGACAUAGGAACAUUGUGUAAGAACCUCACUGCAUACUUACUGCCAGAGUUCAAGGACAAGCUGAGCCCUAUCUUCAUCUCACUGAACUAUAGCCUGGACAACACCCAUGAAGCAAUAUUACAUGGACAAAAUGUUGCAGCCAGUCAGACACAGAUUGUUCUUGACUGCGGUGAUGAUAACAUCUGCAUCCCUGAAUUGAAUCUUACAGCUGAAGCGCGCACAGAUCCUAUCCUGAUUGGGGAUGAGAACCCAGCUCUCCUGAUCAUCACUGCUGAGAAUCAUGGUGAAGGAGCAUAUGAGACAGAACUAUUUGUCCAUCUUCCACCUCAAACACACUAUCAGGGUGUGUUAAGUGACGAGGAGGGCUUUAGUCGUCUUCUUUGUGGUCUGAAGAAAGAUAAUGGUUCUGCCGUUGUGGUGUGUGAACUGGGCAACCCAAUGAAAGCUGAACAGAAGAUCAUGGCCGGCCUGUACUUCAGCAUGGGUGGGCUGGAGGAUGUCGAGACCCAUGUGUCCUUCCAUUUACAAAUUAAAAGCAAGAACAGUCAGAACCCAAACAGCAAUGCAGUGGAAGUGAAGAUCAAUGUUCAGGCUGAGGCUUUGCUGGAGAUGCAGGGAGUCUCUUCUCCUUCUGAGUGCAUGUUACCAAUUGCCAACUGGGAACCAAAAAAUCCCCCAGAAAAUUUGGAGGAUGUGGGCCCCCUUGUAGAGCAUGUUUAUGAGUUAAGGAAUAAAGGGCCGAGCGCAGUCAGUGCAAGGCUGGAACUACAUUUUCCAGUACAGCACAAUGGCUCUCGUGUGCUCUAUGUGUUCACCAGCGCUUCAGAGGAGCUCCUGACAUGCAGCACACACCCUUCCGAGAUUGAUCCACUCAGGCUUGUGCCACCAGAGUUCAUUACAACUAUAGGUCCUAUUCAUCAUUUUAACAAACGAGAGGUGCAGCAGCAGGAGCAGGAAGCACAGGAGCAGCCUGAGCAGUAUAACAGAAAAACCGUGCACGUGAAUUGCUCCACUGACCCAUGUAUAGUGUUCAGUUGUGAGGCUCCAGCGCUACAGAGAGAUGCCAGAGCCAUAGUGAGAGUGACGGCACGCUUGUGGGCUCAUAACUUCUUACAGAGGCCUUAUGUGAACUAUGUCCUCUUGUCCACUGCUCAAUAUGAGGUAGUAAGCACGUUGUCCAAGAUCCAACCAAACAUACUGCCUAGUGGACAAGCAGAGACAAACACCACUGUGGUUUGGAGGCAUCCUGAUGGCCCCAAGGAAGUGCCACUGUGGUGGAUUGUGGUAUCCAUAAUUGCUGGCUUCCUGCUCCUGGCUUUGCUGAGCAUCAUCUUCUGGAAGGUGGGAUUUUUCAAGCGCAACCGUCCACCGGUCGAUCAUGACGACGACGAUACCUGUCAUGAGCUGAAAGAAGAGGAUGCAGAUGACAAGUCCUGAAAAUUAUUACAGCAAAUACAAUGCAUAUACCAAAUGGUAAAUUUAAUUGUGUAAGGUUUGUCCUGCUUUUCAAAAGUGCUUGAACACCUGCAUUUUUUUUUAAUGUUUUAUUAAAGUGCUUUCCACAGUUGUUGAAUUCUCGAUUCUGAUUGGUCACAAAGUGUUAAGUUUCUAUAACAGCAGUCCUGAAAGUAGACCUGGCUGCAAGGCAAAUUACAGAUUUAUAACACAUUUAGAUGUUUCUAUAUUAACAGCUUACGCAGGGACUUGUAUGGUGGACACGCCACAGAAACAGAUUGUGUAACUGUUAUACCGUACAUUUAACAGUUAUUCCACGAAAUCGAGUCAUACAUGUUUUAUUCUAUCCACAUUCAAUGGAUUUUGAGAAACAGAGCAUUUUUAUUUUUUGCAAAUUUAAUACAUAAAAACUUUGUACAAAACGUCCAACAAAAUCAUUUCUGCUUAGAAUGUAAACAAACUGGCGAAAUGACAGUAGCAAUUUGUGAAAAAUGCUAUAAUAAUAAUAAUAAUAAUUCUUGAAAAAUAAAAAAGAUAUUUUCUUACCAUCAAAUACUUUCAUUCCAUGUUUUGUUGCGCUUUUUUUGGGGGGGGACGGGGUUUCGAGUAAAGUUUUUAUUUCGUCCUCAGUUGGUUCAGCCAUAGACAUAUAAACAUAGACGCCGCAUUGAGCUGGUGGCCCGUUGCUGGGAUACGUCAGAGUGUCUGCCAUAUUGGAUGUGGCAAAUCUUCCCCGUAAACCAAUGCAUGUAAAUGGACUGAACUUCAUAAAGCCCCUUUCUACAAUAAUAUUUAACUCGAUGCCUUUUAUUCACCCAUUAAGACACACACGUAUAUAUUUGGGAAACAAACAGGCAUCAAAACAACAUAUAUAACUUUUAAUGUGAUGGUUAUAAAUAGUGUGCGAAAUACCCUGUACACUGCAAACUAGCGACAGAUACGCGAUAGAUAGCUCAGGUAAGCUAAUCAGUCAGCAUACCGUAGCAAGCUACCAAAACCUGAGGCCACAAUAACCAACCUACAAGACUGAAUAUGAUAAAUGAUGGAAAUAGUGGAAAAACUGGAAAUAGUGAAUGAAAAUAAUAUUGAGUCACCACACAGACCUACUCUCGUUGAAUAAAGUGAGCUGAAUGACCGCCAAACUGAGUUCGGCCAGGUUCUAACACCAUACCAAAACAAAAUACAUCACUGAUUCCUUCACAUUCAGAAAGGUUAAAAACAUUCAUCAUACGUUCAAAAACGUUCAUCAUAGUGUGGCACUGUAUUCUCUAAUUCUCACUGCUUAUAACUCUACACCUACCCGGUGGAGAUGAGCUGGGAAACUGAAGACUGAAGGAACAGCUCCCUCUCUGAUCCUGACUGUCUGACCUGUUCUGUCAAAAUCCUCCGUUCUGAAGUGUUCACUGCAGAGCAUGGAUGACGGAGUAGCAGAAAACCCUUCCGGUCGCACAGCUGUUUCCCACUGCUUUUUCAUGUCUUUAUUUUUGGGAAACCUACAUAGUAUGUGAAAAGUUAGCUAAGCAACUAACAACAAUCAGCGUAGUUACGAAGGAAAUACCUUGUUGUUUGGAGAAAGGUUUCACCGAGCGGCUAUUAUGCGCGAGACUUCAUAUUAGCCACAAAGUCAGAAAAAUCUGUUCGUAAAAUUAUGUUAUAAUGACCAAAUACAAUGAAAAGUAUUUUUCCAGUCUCACCUGUGAAAGGUAAUCCCAUGUGAUCUCGUUUGGAUGGUAAACCUGUUGGUACAGUUAAACGCAGCACAUGAAUGAGGCAUCUUUAUUCUCGGCUACUGUCUAGACGCUAUACCAGAGACGGUUGAAGAAUCUCCACUUUGCCACAUCCAAUAUGGCGGCGAGGAUGACGUAUGAUUCAACGCAGAAGGCGGCGUCUAUGUUUAUAUGUCUAUGGGUUCAGCAGUACGCUCUGGCAUUUUCUUCUUCUUUAGGGUUUUUUGGUGGUUGGCAAACCAACUUCAAGGUGCAUUACCACCACCGACUGGGCUGGAGUGUGGAACAGGAGAUAUUGGGGGAAAAACUAUAUUCUUUUAGCUAUUUCUGUUUCUUUUAAAUACUUGAUAACAAAGUGAUAUAUCUGACUUGAUGCGCUCCACCAUUUUGUUUUUCUUGACUCAUGGUAUAUGAGCUGAUAGCCUAUUAAUAGAGUAGCCAAUCAGAGCGGGCGAUUGCUCAUAUCCAGUGAAUGUGUAAUGAAUAAUUGUUGAUAUAUAGAAGUUGGUGGUGAGGAGAUGUUUAGCUAGCAUUUUUUAGUCUGAAGUGUCAGCACUUUGUAACAGUCGAAGGCAAAACUAGUUAGUGCGAACAAAUUGAUGUGGUAUAACAGGAAUGAAACACUUCAGGAUGUGCUGAUACUGGAAAAUAAUCAACUUCAGGAUGGUAACAGGAACUCCUUUCACAGAAUAAUAAAACAAUAUUUAAACAACCUU